UUCAUUGCCUUCUAGCUUCUAUUUUCUCCUUUUAGGUUCAGUCCAUGCGAGUCGUGCAUUUUCUAUGUUUUACUUUCCUGUAUUCAUCUAAUCAGGAUGAUGAAAGUGCUAGACACGAAGCUCUGCCUAGUUCUCUCUGUGCUUUGCUCUGUUCAUUUUCUGGUCCAGUUUUCUCAUGGGGGUGAGGAUACAAUCCACAGGUCUCAGUUCCCAGAAGGGUUCCUCUUUGGAACCAGCACUUCCUCUUAUCAGAUUGAAGGAGCAUAUCUGGAAGAUGGCAAGGGGCUGACCAAUUGGGAUGUUUUCAGUCACACACCAGGAAAGAUCAAACAUAACGAUAAUGGGGACAUAGCAGAUGAUCAUUAUCACCGCUAUUUGGAAGACAUUGAGUUGAUGUCUUCACUUGGGGUGAACGCGUAUCGUUUUUCCAUUUCAUGGGCGAGGAUUCUUCCCCGAGGAAUAUACGGUGGGAUUAAUGCAAAAGGGAUUAUGUUCUACAACAAGAUUAUAGACAACCUACUGCUUAGAGGGAUAGAGCCAUUUGUGACAAUGCAUCAUCAUGACCUGCCACAAGAACUGGAAGAAAGAUAUGGUGGUUGGCUCAGUCCUUUGAUAAAGAGAGAUUUUGUUCAUUUUGCCAAGAUCUGUUUUGAGAGCUUUGGGGAUCGGGUGAAGUACUGGACCACAAUCAACGAGCCAAACCUGUUUACAGAAAUGGCCUAUGUAAGGGGAACAUAUCCCCCAGGUCAUUGUUCACCUCCUUUUGGAAACUGUUCUGUGGGAAAUUCUGAUGCUGAGCCUCUUAUUGCCAUGCACAACGCUUUGCUGUCACAUGCCAUGGCUGUUCACUUGUACCGCAAUCACUUUCAGGCUAAGCAAGGUGGAACUGUUGGGAUUAUUGCAAAUACAUUCAUGUAUGAACCUCUCAGAGAUGAAGAAUGUGAUAGACUAGCUGCGGAUAGAGCCUUGGCUUUUAUAAUUGCCUGGGUGUUUGAUCCCCUCGUGUUUGGUGAUUACCCUAUUGAGAUGCGCAAUAUUCUUGGAAGCCGGUUGCCAAGGUUCUCUUCUAAUGAAAAGAGUCUCAUAAAAGGAAGCUUGGACUUCAUUGGCAUGAAUCACUACUCAACUCUCUAUGUCAAAGAUUGCUCCUGCUCUGCUUGCUCCUCUGCUUGUUCCCCUGCAGGGGACCAUGCAAUACGUGGCUUUCUGGAAACUACCGGCUUCAGAGAUGGCAUUCCAAUAGGUGAUUUGACAGGAAUGCCAAGAUUCUUUGUGGUUCCAAGAGGCAUGGAAAAGAUUGUAGACUACAUGAAGACAAGAUACCCCAAUAUGCCCUUGUUCAUUACAGAAAAUGGAUAUUCUGCACCGCCCAAACAGGAUGCUGCAUUGCAUGAUUUUCUACAAGAUUUUGACCGAAUGAAGUUCCACAAAGCCUAUCUUGCAGCUUUGCUAAGAGCCAUUAGGAAAGGUGCAGAUGUAAGAGGAUAUUUCAUAUGGUCGUUGAUGGACAACUUCGAAUGGGUAGAUGGCUAUGGAACAAGAUUUGGAUUGUACUACGUGAAACGACAGACGCUUGAGCGGAUCCCCAAGAUUUCUGUCAAAUGGUUUUCAAGUUUUCUCAAUUUCUCCACCCUCACUUUGGAAAAUGACUUAAGCAAGCAAGAUCUGAAGGAACAAAUAUGAGGAUUGCUGGCUUUGAAUCACGUUGAACAGUUGUCAAUGUUUUAAGAUUAUUGAUUCCAUUUUAUCUUAAAAGAAGGCCUCUACUUUAGCAAAUUAUGACUCCACUGUACUAUACUACUCAAACGAAUGAAAUAGCAUUUUUUAUGUACAGUCAUCCGCACCCCUGAUUAAUCUAUGUAUAAGCCUUAAAUGGGAGUUAUCUUCCCCAAUAUAAUAUUUCGCCCGUUCACAAUGUUUAAA